AUGCCUUCGUGGACACACUUGGUUCGCUUUAUCGCUGUUGAAGAUAGUCAGGAGCAUCUCGGCCAACUUGUUGAUACUAUUCGAGAUGUUGGUCGUGACAAUGUCGAUGGCAAGGAUAUUGCCGUGUGCCUGAUUGAUGGAACGAUCUUUGAUGGCAAAGUAACCAAGGAGGUCCUGCACGUCAAGCAACUUCUUUCUCCAGUUUCCAGAGAUCAAUGUAAUUACAUUCGAUGUUUAGGGCUCAAUUACACGGACCACGCCGAGGAAGCAAGCCUCUCAAUCCCCAAAGUUCCAAUCCUCUUCACAAAGCCCAGAACAGCCCUCACCGGACCCUAUCCGGCAGCAAUCAACAUUCCUAAAUGUGCGCAGGACGAUACAAGUGAUUAUGAAGCGGAGCUUUGUGUAGUGAUUGGUAGGGCGGGGAAAAAUAUCAAUGGAGAAGAUGCAUUGGACUAUGUCCUGGGUUACACUGCGUCGAAUGAUGUAUCCGCUCGCACGCUACAGAUGCUUACCACUCAGUGGUCUUUUUCCAAGGGUCUUGAUGGAAGUUGUCCUAUCGGUCCUGUUCUUGCCGCCUCUUCCGUCAUAAAUGACCCCCAGACUCUAUCCAUCAAAGCCAUCCAUAACGGAACCAUAGUUCAAGAUGGACAUACACCCAAUAUGAUUUUCAACGUCAGGAAUCAAAUUUCUUACCUAUCACAGGGAACGACCCUCGAGGCUGGGACUAUUUUCUUGACCGGCACACCCGCGGGAAUUGGCUAUUUCCGCCAACCAAGAGUUGUGCUCAGGGACGGGGAUGAGAUUUCAGUCAAAAUUGAUCAGAUUGGGACAUUGGUGAAUAAUGUUCGAUAUGAAAAUUCGUAA